GAGGAGCUGGAGAGUUGGAGGAGCAGAACCGGAACCAGGAGCAGAACCAGAACCAGGACCCAGUCGGACCUCCUGGGGAAGCAGAGCUGGGUCAAAACAGGCGGCAAAACUCCUCCAGCUGUCCUCUGAUCCAAGCAGUCAGGUCGGGUCUGGGGGGAAACCGGAUCCAGUCAGCUGAUCUGAGUACAGUUCUUACCAGACCGUUUCCAUGGCGACUGAGAUGGAGUCCAGGAUGGCGGGAGCAGUGAACUUCCUGGAAGAGUGACACAAAGACAGGGAGAUGGAGGAGAGAGAGACCAGAACCAGCCGCAACCAGAACCCUCUGAAGCUGGACUUUGGGUCCAAAUGGGGCCUGGUGUGAGCCCGGUUCCUGCUGUACAGAACCAGAACCUUUCUGAGACCCAGAAGAUGUUCUGAGACUCAGUGAUCUUUGACCUUGGCAUGCAGCUGAACCAAACCCACAGGCCAACCCCCACAUCCUUCUCCACCCAGUUCAGCACCAUGAGGUUCUCCUACCACCUCCACAGCGCCCCCCACAGGACAGGCCCCGCCUCCUCCACCAGCCCCACCCUGCUGGCUAAGAGCCUCUCUGUGGAGCCGUCCUGCUCUCCAUGUGGCCACCAGGGGGCGCUGGACGCUGACGCUCCCCAGCAGCCCGACUCGGACCCGGGGUCAGAGGAAGGGGCAGAGCCAGCGGAGAGCGGCGGGUCUGUGAAUGACACGGGGCCACCAGAGCUGCCAGUAACCACGGUAACGGCGCCAAACAGGACCCGCCCACCGCUGCCGGGGCCCAAACCUCAAGUCCCCCCGAAACCCCCCCACCUGCAGCAGCAAGCUGGAGCGGUGAGGCCACGCCCCCGAGUCCCGGAGAAGUCCCUCCCACCGCCGCCCCCCUGCAGGCCCCUCCCUGCUGACCCCCGGGGAGGCUGGACCCCCCCCAGCCAGGCUGACGGCACCGCCUCCCCCACCUGCGUCCUGUCGCUCAUCGAGAAGUUUGAGCGCGAGCAGAUCAUCGUGGUGCCGGACAUCACCGGGGGGGCGCUGUGCCCCCGCCCAUUGGACCCUCCCUCUCCCCGAUCUUCAUCACCUCCAUCCUCUGUCUUGCCUGCCCCCCCCCAAGCCGGGGGGGCGGAGCCACCCAGUGACCUCACAGAGCAGGAUGACGUCACACAAGGGGCUGAGCUAUGUGAUGAAGAUGAAGACGAUGAGGAGGAGGAUGAAGAGCUUGCGGCUGCCUGUCGGGACGACGUCCGUCACAAACGUCUGUCCAUGGAGUCGGGCUACAGCGCCUCAGAGAAACUGCUGGAGGAUGAGGUGGUUACCGUGGAAACGGAGGAGCAGCAGCCCCCACAGCCUCCAGACCAAUCAGAGCUGCCCUCCGAGCGCCUGUCCCUCCCCUCCUCGCAGACGGACGGGAAGUUGGCCAAUCGGGACAGCGGCAUUGACAGCAUCAGCUCGCCGUCGCAUAGCGAGGAGCUCUGCUUCGCUGGCGUUGACGAUGUGGGCGUGGCCUAUCCCUGCAGCCCCGCCCUGAUGCCCCGCCUCUCCAGCUCCUCGUCCACCCCCGGGGAGGGGGAGGAGCCCCGGGGGGGGGCGAGGAGGAGGGAUUUCUCUGAGGAAGGGGACAGCGACCUGGAGGAAGAGGCGGAGCUAACUCUGGUUUUGGCCCCGCCCAAACCGGACCGGCAGGAAUCUGUGGAGCUAUCCGUCCAUCAGCGGGUUUUCAACAUCGCCAAUGAGCUUCUCCUCACCGAGACCGCCUACGUGUCCAAGCUCCACCUACUGGACCAGGUGUUCUGCGCCCGCCUGCUGGAGGAGGCGCGCUGCCGCUCCUCGUUCCCCUGCGACGUGGUUCAGGGAAUCUUCUCCAACAUUUGCUCCAUCUACUGCUUCCACCAGCAGUUCCUGCUGCCGGCGCUGCAGAAACGCAUGGAGGAGUGGGACUCCAACUCGCGGAUCGGUGACAUCCUGCAGAAGCUGGCUCCCUUCCUUAAGAUGUACGGAGAGUAUGUGAAGAAUUUUGAUCGAGCCAUGGAGCUGGUGAACAUCUGGAUGGAGAGGUCUGCUCCAUUCAAGGCCAUCAUCCAGGAGAUCCAGAGGGAGGAGCGCUGCGGGAACCUGACGCUGCAGCACCACAUGCUGGAGCCGGUGCAGAGGAUACCCCGCUACGAACUGCUGCUCAAGGAUUACCUGAACCGCCUCCCGGAGGACGCCCCGGACCACCAGGACGCCCAGAAGUCUCUGGAGCUGAUCGCCACGGCCGCAGAACACUCCAAUGCCGCCAUUAGCAAGAUGGAGCGAAUGAGGAAACUGCUGAAGGUUUAUGAGCUUCUGGGUGGAGAGGAAGACAUCGUCAACCCGACCAAUGAACUCAUCAAGGAGGGACACAUCCUCAAGCUGUCCAAUAAGAACGGAACCACACAGGACCGAUACUUGAUCCUGUUCAACGACCGGCUGCUGUACUGCGUCCCCAAGCUGCGCCUGAUUGGUCAGAAGUACAGCGUCCGCGCUCGCAUCGACGUGGACGGCAUGGAGCUUAAGGAGACCAGCAGCGUCACUGUUCCCAGCAGAACCUUCCUGGUGUCUGGAAAACAGAGAUCUCUGGAGCUGCAGGCCAGAACGGAGGAAGAGAAGAAGGACUGGAUCCAGGCCAUCCAGGCCACCAUCCAGCGCCAUGAGCAGACCAUGGAGAGCUUCAGACACCUCACCUGUUCUCUGCGAGACGACGAGUCCACGCCGCCCCACUCCCCGAGUUGCGUGGAGUUGGGAAAACGAGCGCCGACUCCGAUCCGGGAGAAGGAAGUGACUCUGUGCAUGAAGUGCCAGGAGCCGUUCAACUCCAUCACCAAGAGACGCCACCACUGCAAAGCCUGCGGACACGUGGUUUGUGGCAAAUGCUCGGAGUUUCGCGCUCGCUUGUCGUACGACAACAACCGGACCAACCGAGUCUGCGUGGAUUGCUACGUGACGCUGGUGGGGGCGUCGCCGUCACCGGGGGCGAUAAGCAGCAGCAGCCAGAGGAGGCGCUCCAUCCUGGAGAAACAGGCCUCGCUGGCCGCAGAGAACAGUGUGAUUUGUAGUUUUCUUCACCACAUGGAGAAGGGCGCGGGGCGUGGCUGGCAGAAGGCGUGGUUCGUGAUUCCGGAGAACGAGCCGCUGGUGCUCUACAUCUACGGCGCUCCGCAGGAUGUGAAGGCGCAGCGCAGCAUCCCUCUGAUUGGCUUCGAGGUUUCGCCGCCUGAGUCAAGUGACCGCCUGGAGCGACGCCACGCAUUCAAGAUCUCCCAGAGUCACCUGACUCUCUACUUCAGCGCAGAGGGGGAGGAGCUACAGCGCAGGUGGAUGGACGUCCUGUCCAGGGCCGGCAGGGGGGAGGAGCCUCUCAUCCAUCUGCCAAUCGUGGAGAGCGUGGAGGAGGAAGGGGAGGAGCUUGAUGAAGGAGAGAACACCUGAUGAAGACGAAGAUGAGGCUGAAUCUGGAAAACCUGUCCUGGUCGGAUCGAAGAAAAAACACAGCCAGAACCAAACCAGAGUUAAUCCAGAACCAAACCAGAGUUAAUCCAGAACCAAACCAGAGUUAAUCCAGAACCAAACCAGAGUUAAUCCAGAACCAAACCAGAGUUAAUCCAGCAUUAAGUUCCCAAACAGACCAGGUCAACCAGAACAAACAGAAAUAUUCUAGAAUUUACCCAAAACUAACCUACUACAAACCCAGAAACAAAACAGGAGAAAUCUCUAGAUAAUUCAUAUUUCAUCCAAAAUAAAUCAGAAAUAAUCUGGAACUAAUAAACACAUUAUUUUUACAGAACCAAAAGGUGAAGGUCAGAACCAGAACAAAUCUAGAACCUUUCAGAACAACCUGAGCACAAACCAACCAGCAGCCAAUCCAGAAACAUGAAUCUGAUGCUACAAAUUAAGAUUAGAUCAAAAUCACUAGAACCGCAGGAACCAGAACUGAUCUGGACCGGUUCUGGUUCUGAUCCGGACCACAUCUUGUUCUGCUUCUGGUUCUGGGCAGCAUAGUACAGAAAAGCAACACAUCAGGAUCAGAAUCAUUCCCAGAUGAGCCAGUGACGUUCUGCGGUUCUCCGGACCCGACCUGGAGAACCGGAACCAUGAAGCACACAGAACAGUCCGCUCCGGAGUGUCCGGAUCCGACCCGGAUCUUCCUCUCCAGAGGAAGCUGCUCCUCUUCCUCCCUGUUCUGUAUGACUUUCUGCUGAAGGUCCGGAUCCAGACUGGAUCGGAUCCUGGGAGAACUGGGUCACAGAAGGUCAUGCCAGUGAGACCGGUCCGGUCUGGUCCAGUCUCAUCCCAGAAAGUUUUCACACUUUCACAGAACUUCCUGCAGUACCAACCCAAACAGCACAAACCGGGCCCAGAGUUCUGCUCAGCAGGUUCUAUCUCACAUUCCGGAGGAUCCGAAGAUCUGCAGGUCUGGUCCAACAUCCCGCCCAGGUUCUUCACAAACAGCAGGGAACCAGAACCCUACCAGAACCACAGAUCCCUCCAGCUUACAGGAUAAAACCAAUCCGUCCCGCUGGACCGGCAGGUGGUUCUGCAGAACCGGAACCGUGGAGGUGAUCUACAUUAACAAGCAUCCUCUCCCCCUGCUGGUGAGGUUGGGUACAGCAGGGUUUCCGUUCUCUGUGUGAAUAUAUUUCUAUUUGUUUACAGCAAAUCUCUGAUUUACUUUUUUUUUUCUUCCGUCUGAAACGAUUCCAAAAAAUGACAAAUAAAACGUGGAACUGUUUAAUAUUUAAUGUUGGAGAUGAAAGCUAAUUUAAAAACGGAGUUUUAUGAGUUGGAGAAAAUAUUUACAAAUGAUGGAAAUUUCAACUUUUGAUGUGAUUUUAUAAAAAUUUUGUUUCAUUUCGCUUUUUAAUGAUCAGAGUGAUGAUGUAAGACAUGAUGUCAUCUCCAGUCUGUUGGAGCAGCUGAUUGGCAGGAGUACUGACCAAUCAGAGCAGAGAUUAGUAUCCACUGGCAGGUUUCAGUAUUUGGACAUUUCCUGACAGAAGAAGAAACUGAUGGAGGAAAAAUGAUAACGAGGAUGAUGAUGAUGAUGAUGAUGAUGAUGGUGAUGAUGAUGGUGAUGGUGAUGAUGAUGAUGAUGGUGAUGAUGAUGAUGAUGGUG